AAUCCGGUUCGCCUUAGAAUCUUUCGACGUAGUUAGUAGAACAAACAUAUUCAGUGAUUUGCAGUUCUUCUGUCAGAAGAAUAACACUAGUUCAAGUUUCUGGUAGUUAUCUGUUGUUAAAUUAAUUACUAAUUUACGUUUUACAUCGAUUAAAAGAAAAAUGGAUAGACUUCUUCGAUUAGGUGGUGGUGUACCAGGUUUAACUCAAGCACCACCUCCUUCUGACGCUCCUGUUGUAGAUACCGCCGAACAGGUAUACAUAUCUUCCUUAGCAUUGCUUAAAAUGCUAAAGCACGGUCGUGCUGGAGUACCUAUGGAAGUUAUGGGCUUAAUGUUGGGCGAAUUCGUCGAUGAUUAUACCGUACGAGUUAUUGAUGUCUUCGCAAUGCCUCAGACUGGUACUGGGGUAAGUGUAGAAGCAGUAGAUCCUGUUUUUCAAGCAAAAAUGUUAGAUAUGUUGAGACAAACAGGUAGACCUGAAAUGGUGGUAGGAUGGUACCAUUCUCAUCCCGGAUUUGGAUGCUGGUUAUCAGGAGUCGAUAUCAAUACUCAACAAAGUUUUGAGGCACUUUCGGAGAGAGCCGUAGCAGUUGUAGUCGAUCCAAUUCAAUCAGUGAAAGGAAAAGUUGUUAUUGAUGCAUUUAGGUUAAUUAAUCCAAAUAUGAUGGUAUUGGGUCAGGAACCACGUCAAACUACGUCUAAUUUGGGACAUUUACAGAAACCUUCCGUACAAGCUUUAAUUCAUGGUUUGAAUCGACAUUAUUACUCUAUCAGUAUUAAUUAUAGAAAAAAUGAAUUAGAACAAAAAAUGCUUCUGAAUCUUCACAAAAAAUCAUGGAUGGAUGGUCUAACUUUAUCAGAUUAUACGGAAAAUUGUGCUGUUAAUGAAAAAACUGUUGCCGAUAUGUUGGAAUUAGCUAAAAAUUAUAAUAAGGCAUUAGAAGAAGAAGAGAAAAUGACGCCCGAGCAGUUGGCAAUUAAAAAUGUCGGCAAACAGGAUCCCAAAAGGCAUUUAGAAGAAAAAGUCGACGUGCUAAUGACCAACAACAUUGUGCAGUGCUUGGGGGCCAUGUUAGAUACCGUUGUAUUUAAAUAAUUAACUUUCGAUUUUUUUAUAUUUCAUACUUAUUUAUAAGAAAUUUUUCAAUAAAACAUUUUUGUCUCUGAGAUUUGAAAUAUAUGAAUUUAACA